CUCUGCUCCUCUAAGCUCUUCCCUCUGCUGCCUUCACGCGUUCUCCCGAAACCUGCGCGGACAGGAGGCGAUACACCCCUUUCCCCUCCUCGACUCAUCAUGGCUACAGUUGUAACCUCGACCAGAUUUACAGACGAGUAUCAGCUCUACGAGGAACUCGGAAAGGGUGCCUUCUCUGUUGUCAGGCGAUGUGUCAAGAAAUCCACUGGACAGGAGUAUGCUGCUAAAAUAAUUAACACAAAGAAACUUUCAGCCAGAGAUCACCAGAAACUUGAACGAGAGGCAAGAAUCUGUCGGCUGCUCAAACACCCAAACAUAGUUCGCCUUCAUGACAGUAUCUCAGAAGAAGGCUUUCACUAUUUGGUGUUUGACCUUGUGACUGGAGGAGAGCUCUUUGAGGACAUUGUUGCCAGAGAGUAUUACAGUGAAGCAGAUGCCAGCCACUGCAUUAAUCAGAUCUUGGAGAGUGUCAGUCACAUCCACCAACAUGACAUUGUGCACAGGGACCUGAAGCCGGAGAACUUGCUGUUGGCCAGUAAGAUGAAGGGAGCAGCAGUGAAACUUGCAGACUUUGGUCUUGCCAUUGAGGUGCAGGGUGACCAACAGGCAUGGUUUGGUUUUGCUGGAACUCCGGGUUACCUCUCACCAGAAGUAUUGAGGAAGGACCCUUAUGGCAAACCAGUGGACAUAUGGGCCUGUGGGGUGAUCCUAUACAUUUUGCUGGUGGGCUACCCUCCUUUCUGGGACGAGGACCAACACAAACUCUAUCAACAAAUUAAAGCUGGUGCAUAUGAUUUUCCAUCUCCAGAGUGGGACACCGUGACCCCUGAAGCCAAGAAUCUGAUCAACCAGAUGCUAACGAUCAACCCUGCCAAAAGGAUCACCGCGGACCAGGCUCUCAAGCACCCCUGGGUCUGCCAACGUUCCACUGUGGCUUCCAUGAUGCACCGUCAAGAGACUGUGGAGUGUUUGCGCAAAUUCAAUGCGAGGCGGAAAUUAAAGGGAGCAAUUCUCACUACAAUGCUGGUAUCCAGAAACUUUUCAGCUUGCAAAACUUUACUAAACAAAAAGUCAGAUGGGGUGAAGUCGCAGGGAAACAGUAAAAACAGUGUAGUAAGCAGCAGCAGCACCAAAGACAGCAGCAUGUCAUCUACAGCUCCAAUGGAAGCCCAGACAACUGUUGUGCACAACCCAGCUGACGGCACCAAGGGCUCAACGGAGAGCUGCAACAAUGCAGAAGAGGAGGAGAUGAAAGGUAGGAAAGCUCGUAAACAGGAAAUCAUAAAGAUGACAGAGCAACUGAUUGAAGCAAUCAACAAUGGGGAUUUUGAGGCAUACACGAGAAUAUGUGACCCUGGCUUGACCUCCUUUGAACCAGAGGCUCUUGGAAACCUUGUAGAAGGAAUGGAUUUCCACAAGUUCUACUUUGAAAACUUGCUUAGUAAAAACAGUAAGCCGGUGCACACCACGAUCCUGAACCCUCACGUGCACCUGAUUGGUGAAGACGCUGCCUGUAUCGCAUACAUCCGCCUGACGCAGUACAUGGACAGUCAGGGCCGGCCUCGCUCCUGUCAGUCCGAGGAGACCCGAGUGUGGCAUCGCCGUGAAGCCAAGUGGCUCAACGUGCACUUCCACUGCUCAGGGGCACCAGCCGCACCACUGCAGUGAACAACGGGCACAGCUUUGCCUGAAUGCUAAAGCUAUUUGGAGAAUUUAUUCUCCGUGGUCAGAUUGGUGCCUGGAUCCUGGAUAACGGAUGGGGCCUCUUGGAAAGUUGUAUAAUUUACAAAAAAACAAAAGAGGGACAUUUAUUAUUUUUUUCAAUCCAAAAAUAGUCUACAAGACCUAAAGGUCUGUUUCAAAAGGCUUGUUUGAGUGACUGACCACAGUGAGAACACAGAUCCAGUCCAACUCCAGUAGAAGACUUCAUGGCUGAAGAUCUUCAGCCUGGACAGCCUGCAGAUGGUGCAUGUUUCAAACGGCCACACGGGGGCACCGUUGUUCUGUUUUCCCAUGCCCUUCUUCUUUUUCACCCACUUUUCUUAAAGUAUUACCUAUAUCUAUAUAAACACACAAAAAUAUAGAUUUUAUUGCCAGACACACCACAUUUACUGUAGUAGUGCGAUGGACUGUGGCUGGGUUUGUGUGGGCUACACACAAAGGCACAGUUGAAGUAUUGUUUUACACUUUGAGGUGGGUUCUUUGAGAAAUAGCUUGACAUAACCAUAUCAUUUGUUAUAACAGGAAAUAGUUGUAAUGAGUUCCUGGAAACACCUUUUUUUUUAUUUUUUACUCUUAUGUGUUUUUGUCUACUUCUGUAUGAUGUACGGUAUUGAGUGUCAUUUUUUAAAAAGAGGGUUUUAUUUAAAAGCACUGUGUCAUUGUAAAUGCAUAUUUAUAGAGAAGACUAUGGAAAGGGAAGUGUCCGUAAAGGGAGCAUGCAAGUGUGGCUGUGGAGGCGUUUUUUUGUUAGUCUGAGUGUCCAAGUGUAAAUACAGAAAUGCAUGCACACUCUUAACCGCACACUAUCCCACUGUCCACAUUUUAAGGGGAGACUCUGAGAUAAACGUUAGACUGUAUACAAGCCUUGACUAAUCUGAAGUUGCAGAAGAGACUCCCGCUCUCACCGACAGGAGGCGCAUCUAGCGCUCAGUUUCUCCUUUCUGGACAAUUCUCCUUAUUUGGUUGUGUGUAUUUUUAAGUGGGGCAUGUUGUCUUUUGAUUAUGGCUUGUACUGUUUUAGAUACUUGGGGCUGGAUGCAGUUGUGUCUUGAAGAGAUGGACUUUUCUGCAGCUUCAGAUGUCGCUUGUCAACACCCUACCCCCGUUCCCCCUCUCCUCCCCUCCUACCUCCUUUUACAGUCCCCCAAAUUCUGCCUCAAUGACCUCUACAUUGUUCUGUCCAGUGUCUUGACUCUGAUGUCACCUGUAUGCCUGUCCGUUGUUCUGACUGUGUUCUUAGACGUAUAAAUGUCCGUCUGUUGGCUUGCUGUACCGCGUCACGUCUUGGCACUUCUUGAGCAUGUUUUUCAACAAGGAAUGCAGUACAAACGAGAAUUUGGAUUUAAAAGGCACAUUUUGAGACUGAGUGGGCUCUCGGCAAUCUAAUGGCAAUCAAAAAGUCACUGUUUCUGUUAUAUGAUGAUGUAUGGUGUGAACUGAAAGGAACUGUAUUCCACAUGCGUUUUAUACUCUGCUUAACGUCAUUACACUCUAAAUGUAGAUGUAAAACUACUUUUGUCGCGUUAAGUCAUGAAAGCACACGUGAUCAACAUUUUCCCUUUAAAACAAAUUGAACAUAUCUGCGUAAGUGCGUGGAUUUUCACCGUGUAGUUGGUAGAAACGUGUGCGUGUGGAUUUUUAUUGGAACUGGGGCUUGCUGUGCGUCUUCUGCUCCACAGUAAUAAAACUCUACUUAACUAUGCGCAUGGUCACCGAAAAAAUAAAUAUUCAUUGUGGAACGUCACGAGUCACUGACACACAAAGGAAUAAAAAAUAUCCAUGUUAUACACGUACUGUGCUCAGUACUGUGCAAUGUGCCCUGUCACGCGUUUUACGCACCGCGAUGGCGAUGUUCGGAACCAAAACAUUGUGAUGUUUUAUAAGACUUUGAAAUGAGGUGUGUUUUCGUGUUGUGGGCGCAGUCGUUUGUCGAUGUGUAGAACAAAUGUGCAAGUUUGUUUUUUCAUUACUUGUCCACAGUCUUUUGGAGUACAACGCAGUCUGCGUUCUUUUAAUAGGAUUUUUAACGGGAGGUCAAGACGAGAUCCGAGGGAAUCAAACAUGUGCACUGUGGGUUUGCCAAAGUAUUCGGACAAAGGGGGACCAAGAAAAACGAUGCUCAUAAAAACCUAUUUUCUACGGAUUAAACCUAAGAUUUGGGAUUUUUCAAAUUGUAUUUAACUUGUAGCUCAUUUUUACAAACCCAUUUAGCAUUGGCCUCUUCAGAUUAUUUUUCAUUCUACAAAUAGCAAUUUUGCUUUGAUCACAAUUUUGCACUGUCAUUUGAUGUUACAGGGUAUGCGCUAUGUCGCAAUUGUAUAUAAGAUGUGUGACCAAAUCUCCGAUUUCUAAAUGAGAAUUACCUCACCAUUUCUAAAUUUUAUACGGUCCAAAUACUUUGGCAAGUGUAAAUUAAGCAAAUGGGGGACCCGACGCAAUGAUUUACAAAUGAUCAUUGGUAAAAUGUUAUCAAAUGUUAUGCAGUUUUACAAACGGGAAAGGAUUAUGCAUGUCUUUUUCACUGUUUACUUGAUGAAGUGGAAAAUCUAUGUUAUUUGCAUCCUGAAAUGGCUCUGUUUGAGAUAUCAAAAAGCAAAGUAUUUCACGUGAAAAUGCAUAAAGAAAAGCAAAAGCCUUAGCUUGUGUGUCCCCCUGUAUCUUGGUAUCAUGGGGUGACUUACUCAUGUCUGAGUUAAAAAUUGGAUGCUGGAUUUUUGCAUGACCAUACAGUUAAAUAAAGUCAUAUUUAAAACAAGUGA